GGAGCUGCCCGCGCCGGCGGCGCCCCUCGGCUCCGGGCGGGCCACGGCGCUGCUCGCGGCGUCGCCCGCGGCAGAGCCCCUGUCCGGCCGCUCCACGUCCAGCAGCGGCCCCUGGCGCGAGGUCGCUCGCGCGAGCAGCCGCGCCUCGCGCCAGCACGAGGGCGCCGAGGAGGGCGCCGAGGAGGGCGCCGAGGAGGGCGCCGCGUCGCGCAGCACGCAGCCGUUCCAGAGGGCCGCGAGCAGGGCUGGGCUCCUGUCGCGCCUCGCGCCCGGCCGCAGCCAGGGGCGGGCACAGAGCUGCCCCCACCUCCGGGCGGGCCGCUCCUCGAGCCACCCCAGCCCCGCGCGCGCAGGGGAGUUCGACCAGGGUAAUGCCCUCGUGAUCAGCGGCCACGCCUGCGACACGCCAAGCUUCCCGCACGAGCUGCGCGAGGACGCGCCCGGCUCCCGGCGCGAGCCGCGCAAGGUCCAGAGCCGCGCGCAGGGCUGCCAGACCGCCAUUUGGGUCGACGCGCAGCAGGUGAGGCUGCGGCUCCAACAGCCCGAGCACGGCGCCGAGGCCGCGGCGGGCGAGGCAGCUUCGGGGCCCGACCCGCUGGCCGUAGAGCGCGAGCUGGCCGAGCUGGCCUGGAAGUUCCUGCGUCAGCCGAGGGGGCGAUGGUGGCAGGGCCUGCUCCGGAGCCUCGAGCAGCGGCACGGCGCCCUCCCGAGCUGCGGGGCCGCUGUCGCGCAGGAGCUCGGCGCCGCGGGGCUCCAGCGGUCCUGCCAGCCGCCCGCGGAGCCUGCCCCGCCUUGUGCCCCGCCGGCCACCUCUGCCGCACCAGCCCCGGGGGCCUCUGCUCCACAGGCAGCAUCCUCGCCAUCUUCUGCGACGGACGGCAAGCUGACCAGCCAGCGACAGCACCCAGUGGCGCCCGCGUCGGCUUCGCCAGCGCCUGAGCCAGCGGCGCCUGAGCCAGUGGCGCCUGCGCCUGGUGGCCCACCGCCCGAACCGGCGGUUCCAGAAACAUUGGCGGGCACGACCCUGGCGGGGUCAGCUGCGCGUGCCGACCUGGCGGCGGGCAUGGACUCGGUGCUGGCAGACGUGGCCGGCGCAGACUUGGCGGCGCCAGUUGCGCGUGCCAAGCCUGCGACACCCACCUCUGCCGACGCCGCGACGCCCAGAGAGCAGGACAAGGACACUGGCCCAGCGGGCUGCAAUCCGCUGGUUGCGCCGCUGGAAGCCGAGAAGUUCGGCCAGGCAUCGGCGAUUCCGCUGGAGACGUCAGUGGCGACGCCGGCAGCAGCCAGGCCCAUGGCAGUUGCAUCGGCAUCGGCAGCGGCGGCGAAGCCAGACGCAAUGACAGUCGAGAGAGUGUCCGCGGCGUCGGAUAGCCCCGCUGCGUCCAUAGUUACAGCCCCCGCCGACGGCGGUCCUGCCGAGGCAGCACACGGAGAAGUCGAUACGAUCAGGCCAGCUUCCACCACGAGAGCCGACUCGCAGCUGGAGCAGAGCUCUUCGCGGGCCCUUCCAGGCGACGUAACGCCAGCGUGCGACGGGAGCCAGCUCGGCGUCGUCCAGCCGCUUUCGCGGAGUGGCAGCAGCCUAGGCCAGAGUGCGACGAGGAAGAGCUCGGCCGACUCCGACGUGGCCGCGGCCAGGGUCAGCGGCGGCAGCGGCUCCCCUGCGCAGGGAGACGACACAGUUCACCGCGCCCAGCGCCAUCUCUUGACCGACACGCCAGCGAGCCGGGCGAGCCGGUCGCCGACGGGCAAGCUCGCCGAUCCCACCCUGUCGGCCAUCGAGUCGAAGCUGGGAGGCCCGCCGCAGGAGAAUGGGCACCCCGCCGCGGGAGGCCCGCUGCCCGACCUGUGGUCCGUCCUGCCCCGCCGGCCGGCGAAGAUCGCCACCGCGCGGCGCGCGACGGAGGGCACGCGGGCGGCGCCACGCGAGGCGCAGCCGCCGAAGCCGGUCAGCGUUGCCGGCCUCGACUUGCCAGAGCAGCCGCCGCCGCCGCCGCCGCGGCGGAGGGCGGCAGAAGCUACCCAGGCGAGGCGGCGUGAGGCCGGUCCGCCGCCGAGCGGUGCCCAGCCGCUCGGGGAGGGUCUGCCAGCCGCUCGAGCGGCAGAGGCGAGCCUGUCGCCGCACACCGCCCCAGAAGGCUCCGCGGCCUUGCCCGCGAGCGCGCGGAGGCGGAGCCGCAGGUCCCCUACGAGGUCCAGGGAGGUGGCCCCGCUCGGGGACGACCUGCCCCUCGUGCCCGCGCCGCCGCUGCUCGCCAGCGCGCCGCCGAGGAAGGUGCACACCCUCGCGGCCCUGACGCAGCUGCACCAGCAGGCGGCAGACCCCGGCGGCCCGCCCGGCGCCGCGUCGUCGAGGUCCGCCCGGGGGCGGCACGACCCGCGCGCGCUGGGCUCGCUGCUGGAGGGUCCGCAGACUGCGCGGCUGCCCCCCGGGGCCCUGGGCGCCGGCCAGCUGGCGAGCGGCCACGAGGAGGCGGAGCUGACGGGGCCGGCGCCGCCCGCGCCCACGCCCGCGGCGCCGCCCCCGCCGCGGGAGGAGAGUUGGCGCCAGCCGGGGCGGAGUGUGCGCUUGGAGAUGGACGUGCGGCAGGAAUGGCCCCGCCGAGCGCGGAACUGGAGUCGCUGCUGACGCGGCCGAAGCGCAGCGCCGCGGGCACUGGUUGCGACAGCCAGGAGAGCAGGUUCCGCGUCGACGCCAGCAAUGAGCGGCUGCCGCAGCUGCUGGAGGGCCUGCAGGUCUGUCCGGAGGCGCAGCCCUCGCCGCGCCGGGACAAUGUCCGCAGAGUCGACAAGGGCUCCGCCUCGAGCGUGCUGGGCCGCGUGCGCAACAGCCUGGAGAGCAACUACGGCUCUCUCAACGUGGCCUGGAGGCACAUCGAGGCGGCC